AUGUCGUCGCCGGCGGCGACCGGGCAUAAGGGCGAGACGGAUCAAGUUGAUCUGAAGCCAGUGAUCAAGGAUGAGCCGGGGGCUGGCCUGAUCACCAUCGCGGUGACGAGCCAGACCUUCGCCGACGCCUACUUCGCCAUCAAGCCGGGCGUCAGGCUGCGGAGGGUGAUGGACCUUUACUGCGGUAAGUACUCGCUCGAUCCCAGGACCGUCAAGUUCAUCGACGACGAAGGCCGCUUCGUCCGGCCCGAGCAGCCAGCCGAGGAAGCCGGGUUGGAGGACGGGGGCUCGAUCUCGCUCGCGAUCGACCAGCAGGGCGGCGCCGGCGCCGGCGCGGGCAUCUGCGUGGACUAG